GGGAGACUUCCCUGCAAUCGAGGCUCUGCUCCCAAGCGUCCUUGCUUGCCACCGGGAAUUCUGCAAAGAGGAACCUUGGCCGAGAGCAAACCACACAAGGUGGGAAAUAUCCUGCUCUGCCUGCACCUGCAGCUUCGGGUUGCUGAUUUUGAUGCGGGUCUGCGGGUCCGUCAAGCUCUGUGGCUGAUUUCAAACAAGGAUCCACAGGCAGUCCAUUUACAGAUCUGCCAAGUUUGAGGGUGGAAAUAGCUGUGCUCUUAGCCAGUUCUUCUAAAGAAUGAUGUAAAUGCAGAGCUUGUAGCCAAGUACAACAUGGGCGCUAACACCUCUAGCAAGUCACCAACGUAUGAUGAGAAUGAAGAUGUUACCUUUGAUCAUUUCGAAAUUCUGAGAGCCAUUGGGAAAGGCAGCUUUGGGAAGGUAUGCAUUGUCCAGAAGAACGAUACUAAGAAAAUGUAUGCAAUGAAGUACAUGAAUAAACAAAAAUGUGUGGAACGGAAUGAAGUGAGAAAUGUCUUCAAGGAGUUACAGAUCAUGCAGGGAUUGGAACAUCCUUUCCUUGUGAACUUGUGGUACUCAUUCCAGGAUGAAGAAGACAUGUUUAUGGUGGUGGAUUUACUUCUUGGAGGAGAUUUGCGUUACCACCUGCAGCAAAAUGUCCGUUUUGAAGAGGACACUGUGAAACUAUUCAUCUGUGAGCUGGCACUGGCACUGGAUUAUCUCCAAAGCAGGAACAUCAUCCACAGGGACAUAAAGCCUGAUAACAUCUUGAUGGAUGAGCAGGGACACGUUCAUGUAACAGAUUUCAAUAUUGCUACAGUGCUAAAUAAAGAUAUGCAGGUUACCAGCAUUGCUGGCACAAAACCAUACAUGGCACCUGAGAUGUUUAGUUCUACAAAACCUAUUGGUUAUUCCUAUGCUGUUGAUUGGUGGUCACUAGGAAUUACAGCCUAUGAACUCCUCAGAGGCCGGAGACCAUACCAUAUUCGCUCUAGCAACACCGCAAAUGAAAUUGCCCAUGUGUACAAGACAGCCACCAUCAUGUAUCCUGCUGCUUGGUCAAAGGAUAUGUUGUCAUUGAUUAAAAAGUUACUGGAAAUAAAUUCAGAGGAAAGAUUUUCUCAACUGAGUCAUAUCCAGGAGUUCCCUUACUUGGCUGAUAUCAACUGGGAUGCUGUUCUACAGAAGAGAAUAUUGCCUGGAUUUCUUCCUAAUAAAGGGAAGUUAAACUGUGACCCAACCUUUGAACUUGAGGAAAUGAUCCUGGAGUCUAAACCACUUCAUAAAAAGAAGAAGCGCCUGGCUAAGAAGGAGAAGGAAAGCAGCAAAAAUGAGUCCUCAGAGACCUGCCAGCUGCAGAAAAACCUGGAGUCAAUACAAAGGGACUUCAUAAUUUUCAACAGAGAAAAGGCACGACAACAACAUAACAAAAUGCAGGAGAACUUGACGCUGGCACAAACCAAAGACGACGAGGAAGAAGAUGACCAAAAUAAUAAUCUUUGAGACCAAUGUAGGUUUUGCUCAGGUGCUGCUACUGAAAGGCCAGGCUUUUACUUAGCUUGUGGAGUUCAGCAGAUAAAAUUGCACAGUGCUUUCAAGACAAGGCAGGUACCUUGCUAAGGCUAAGGAACCUAGAGUCUAGAUGCUGAGUCUCUCCUCCCACCAUCAAGACUUGUGGCCUACAAUCUUGCAGAACUACGUAAGGCACAGAUUAUCAUCUUUAUGCCUGUUUAUUUUUUUAAGCCACUUGACCAUUAACAGAAAAGAGUAUGCUAUUUAAGUAUAAAAGGCAGUCCAAAUAGGGAAAGGUUUGAUUCACUUUAUAUGCAUAAUUUUUGUUGGUAAGAUGUCAAGGUUGCUGAUAAUUGAGU